UCAAGAGAAAAAAAGAACUCUAGAAAGGCCCGAGGAUCUAACGAGCAUAAAGUUGCAAACGUUCUUGCCAUAUCUUGUAGCUUAGCAAUGUUGACCAAGGUAGUGGUGUUCAUCCUCUUCCUCUUGAGCGUCUCCCUCUGCGGGACGUCGUGGCAGAGCUACGAUGCGAUAUACAACUUCGGCGACUCCAUCUCCGACACCGGCAACCUCUGCACGGGCGGCUGCCCGUCGUGGCUCACCAUGGGCCAGCCGCCGUACGGGACCAGCUACUUCGGCCGCCCGACAGGACGCUGCUCCGACGGCCGCGUCGUCGUCGACUUCCUCGCUCAGUUCUUCCGUCUGCCACUUCUUCCGCCGUCCAAGUCCAAGACGAACGGCACCGACUUCAGGAAAGGCGCCAACAUGGCCAUCAUCGGCGCCACCGCCAUGAACCUGGACUUCUUCCAGUCUCACGGCCUGGGCAGCAGCAUCUGGAACAACGGGCCUCUGGACACGCAAAUCCAGUGGUUCCUGCAGCUCAUGCCUUCCAUCUGCGGCGGCGCCGGCGAUUGCAGGAGCCACCUGAGCAAGUCCCUGUUCAUCUUGGGCGAGUUCGGGGGCAACGACUACAACGCGGCGAUCUUCGGCGGCAAGAGCCUGGACGAGGUCUACACCUACGUGCCACACAUCAUCAACAAGGUCACAAGCGGCGUAGAGACGCUGAUCGGGCUGGGCGCGGUGGACGUGGUGGUGCCGGGCGUGCUGCCGAUCGGGUGCUUCCCGCUCUACCUGACCCUGUACGGGAGCUCCAACCAGAGCGACUACGAUGGGGACGGCUGCCUCAGGCGCUUCAACGACCUGUCCGGCUACCACAACCGGCUGCUCAGGCAGGGGAUCGGCAGGCUCCGGAGCAAGUACGCCGGCGUCAGGCUCAUGUACGGCGACUUCUACACCCAGGUCGCCGAGAUGGUCCGCUCUCCCCGGAGCUUCGGACUGGAUUACGGCCUGACUGUUUGUUGCGGCGCGAGCGGCCAAGGGUCAUACAACUACAAUAAUAAGGCGAGGUGUGGCAUGUCCGGCUCAAGCGCCUGCAAGGACCCUCAGAACUAUUUGAACUGGGACGGCAUCCGCUUGACUGAGCAUGCCUACCGUUCGAUCGCGUAUGGGUGGCUCACAGGGCCCUACUGUGUGCCCGCUAUUCUUCAUUGAGCUACCGAUGGCUACACAUAUUGGCUAACAGUAAUGUGCACUGUAAUGAACCAAUAAUUCAAGGGGAUGCUGCCGAUCAAUGAUGUUUCUGAUGGAGACCCAAGUUUGAUAUAUGUGCACAGUGCAC